CACCUCCUCGACCACGUCCUACCUUAUCCACUCGAUCCCCACCCCCAGCCAACACCCCGCACCACUCCUUCCCAUCUUCCUCCCCCAGCCGGCUUCCCCGACGGAGCGCUCUGUCCCACGCCACGCCGGCUAGAGGAAUCCCAUGCACCACGCAGGAGUGCCCACCUCACCUGCGCCACCCCUCCAACCUCCUCUUGCACCACCAUGCCCCGACCCAUCUGACUUCCAUCUCUACCAGCCCGAUCCAGAUCGGGGUCGAGCGCGUCGGUAGCCGUCACCCGCUCCGGCCACCACCCACGGCCACCCACCCCCGACCACCACCCACCGCCGCCCUUCCCGGCCACCGCCCAGACCACCACAUCCCGCUGCCCGCCCCGGCCACCAGCCAGCAUUGCUGUAUCCACCACCUCUCCUCACCUCCCCCUUCGGUGGAUCCGCCCCGUGGUGAGGGAUUUGGGUGGUGCACGUCCGCGUCCAUGCCGCCGGGGUUGUCCCCUGCUGGUGCCCAACUAGGUGAGGUCCCCACCGCCUCGUCCCUCCUCUGCAGCAACAAAAUCUGGGAUGCCCAGCACGUCGACAAGGGCUAUCCCCAGGUCAAACGUGAUUCUGCCUCUACUGCCACCUGCAGUGCCCACCUCGCCGCGUUGCAGUCCGUCGCCUGCUCACUUCAACCCCGGCCAUCCUUUGCAGCCCGCCUCGCAUGCAUUCGCCCAAUGUUUUUGAGUGGCUCGCACUGCACUUCACUCCUGAGAGAGCUCCGGUGCUAUUUUUCUUGCUCUUGCCUGACGGCGACGCCACUCCCUGGCCGUGGCCCUGUGCGGUGAAGACAAUGGAAGCAGCGACGAGCUGCACAUGUGGUGCGGUAUGUGAGAUUUAGUUCGGUGGGUGUAUGGGCUGCGCGGCUUGCCGGUGAUUGGCUCAUGCGUGCAGUCCACUAUUGGACCUGAUGCAUUUUGUUUUGUGUGUGGCAAAGGUGGGACACCCCCUCCACCCCGUGCAGUGCGCUUGCUCUUCCCAUAAGGCUCACCGUCCACAUCAUGGGACCCCUCUGUACAACACACCCCGUGUAGUGUUGUGGAUCACUUUCAAGAGUGUUGGGGUUCACCUGCCGUCGUCUAUGCGGUCCAUUCUUGUUCAUUUUUUUAUAAAAAGGAUAAAAGAAUC